AUGGGCCGCGUCAAGGUGACACCGAAGGGGAAGGCAAAAAAGAAUAUUCCCAUCACUCGCAUAGGGAAGAAACAGUACCUGAAGCGGCGUUUUGCCCACGUCCGCGCCGUGGACGUCGCCGGCGCCAACAACCGCUUUACCCAGAAGUACUUCGAGGGCAACAACACCGCCGAGCAGACCUUCACCCGCCUCGGCCUCGCCAUCGACCCAAGCGCGCCGAAGUCGGUGACGGAGAAGCGCAAGGCAAAGGUGCGUCCGCAGACGCGUCGCGUCUUUGAGGAGCAAAAUGAGCUGGCGGAGCAGGAGAAGAUGGUGAAGGCGACGAAAAUCGGCCGCCCGGUUAGCGAGCAGGAAGGGUCCACCAUUGCGAACCUGAUCGAGCGUUACGGCACAGACCUGAAGCGCAUGACACUGGAUCGGAAGCUGAACCCCUUCCAGCUGAACAUGCGCCAGCUGCAGCGCCAGAUUGUGAACUACCUCAAGUGGGAAAAGGCAGCCUUCCCCAAGCAGUUCGCCGAGGCGGAAGAGAAGGGCUGGUUCUCGGUUGAGCAGUUCGCCGACCCGCACCUGCGCUCUGGCCAGCGGGCCUAG